ACCGCGAUUUCUCCUCUUUGUCUCUCUCGCUUCAAACCGAAGAUGCUUGAUUGUAAGAUUAAAGCGGAGGAGAAGGAGAUUAAUCAACCUGAAGAGUUCUCGACCUCCGAUUGUUCUUUGCCGAGUCGGGUCUCCAGCAGCACCACCACCACUGGAACUUCUUCCAAUUUGGGCCGGUUUCUGGAUUGCACCACUCCCGUUGUUUCUACACAGUACUUUCCUUUGGUAAAUUACUCCGAUUUCAAUUGGAUUAGGGCAGUAAAGUAUUGUUCUUUGGUUUUGAAGUCCACGCUUGGUGGAGUCUCAGAUGAGAUCUUAGCUGCAAUCACAUAUCAAAUAGUCCCUGCUGAUACACAGUAUGCUGAGAUCGAUACCUCUUGCUGCUGUAACAUAUACACACCAGAAAAAGGUUCGUGUUGCUCUGACUCUUUGACACUUACUGUUGUUUUACUUUUUAGGGUUUCUUCUCUCUUCACAGGUUUAAGAGAAAAGAUGAAUGAUACGAAAUUUGACGCCAAGGUCCAGCUUAUACUUGCAUCGGCUCGAUCACAUGCCAUGUCAGCGUCGCAUGGUCAAGUAACUCCUCUGCAUCUCGGACUUGCUUUGAUUUCUAAUCAGACUGGUGUUUUCUAUCGAGCAAUCACAAGUGCAGGAGGAAGCGAUCUCUUGGCUCAGUCAGCUGUCAAAGUCAUCAAGCAAACCUUAAACAAGCUCCCUAAAAAGGUUCCUCCAACAACAACUGGAGCUAUUCCUCAAAAACCAAGUCCUAAGAAGAAUCUUCCAAAACAGACUCCUCCCUUAUCAACUGGAGCCAUUCCUCAAAAUCCAAGUCCUAACAAUCUUCCAAGACAGACUCCUUCUCCCUUAUCAAAUGGGGGGAGCAUUCCUCAAAAUCUAUAUAACAUAUUACUCCAACAACAAAAUUUUCUCUCAGUACCUAAAACUUUUCUUCAAAACAAUCCAAGUCUUGCUAAGGUCUUAAAUCGUGCACAAAAAAAUCCCGGGGAGAACAAUGUGGGAGUAGAGGAGUUGGUAAUUAGUCUUCUUGAAGAUUCUCAAAUCAGGGAUGUGUUGAAAGAAGCUGGUCUUGUGCCUGAGAAGGUUAAGUCUGAGGUGGAGAAGCUUCUUGGGGAGGUAAACCUUCGGGUUUUGAAGACUUACGGGAUAGAUUUGGUUGAGCAAGCAGGUAAGCUUGAUCCCGUCAUUGGCCGAGAUAAAGAGAUUAGAAGAGUAAUUGGGGUUCUCUCAAGGAGAACCAAAAACAACCCCGUGCUUAUCGGUGAGCCAGGGGUUGGAAAAACUGCUGUGGUUGAAGGUUUGGCUCAAAGGAUAUUGAAAGGAGACGUGCCUAUCAAUCUUACUGAUGUAAAGCUCUUUUCCUUGGACUUGGGUGCAAUGGUUGCCGGAACAACACUACGUGGACAAUUCGAAGAAAGAUUGAAGUCUGUCUUGAAAGAAGUUGAGAAUGCUCAAGGCAAAGUUGUUCUCUUUAUCGAUGAGAUCCACAUGGCUCUUGGUGCUGGAAAAGCAAGUGGCUCCACGGAUGCUGCUAAUUUGCUUAAGCCUAUGUUAGCAAGAGGUCAGCUUCGUUGCAUUGGAGCUACUACGCUUGAGGAAUACCGAAAACAUGUUGAGAAAGAUGCCGCAUUUGAGAGAAGGUUCCAACAAGUGUAUGUAGCUGAGCCUAGUGUGCCUCACACUAUCAGUAUUCUUCGAGGGCUUAAAGAAAAAUAUGAAGGACAUCAUGGUGUUCGUAUUCAAGACAGUGCUCUUGUUGUUUCUGCUCAAUUGUCUGCGCGUUACAUCACUGCUCGACGUUUACCGGAUAAGGCAAUUGAUUUGGUUGAUGAGUCUUGUGCACAUGUAAGAGUCCAGCUUGAUAGUCAACCAGAAGAAAUUGAUAACCUUGAAAGAAAAGCAAUGCAACUAAAGAUAGAGAUUCAUGCUCUCGAAAAGGAGAAGGACGACAAAGCUAGCGAAGCUCGCCUAGUCGAGGUGAGGAAAGAGCUUGAUGACUUGAGGGACAAGCUUGAGCCUCUUACGAUAAAAUACAAGAAUGAGAAAAAUAUAAUUAAUGAAACUCGGAGGCUUAAACAGAAAAGAGAUGAGCUCAUGAUUGCUCUACAAGAGGCUGAGAGACAACAUGACCUUCCUAAAGCUGCUGAUCUAAGAUAUGGGGCAAUUCAGGAAGUAGAAUCCGCGAUAGCGAAACUAGAAAAGAGUGCUAAAGAUAACGUGAUGCUUACGGAAACUGUUGGGCCAGAGAAUAUUGCUGAGGUAGUGAGCCGAUGGACGGGGAUUCCAGUGACUGCACUUGACCAGAACGAGAAGAAGAGGCUGAUUUCUCUUGCUGAUAAGUUGCACGAGAGAGUUGUUGGACAAGACGAAGCCGUGAAAGCUGUAGCUGCGGCAAUUCUAAGGUCGAGGGUUGGACUAGGAAGGCCACAACAACCUUCUGGUUCCUUUCUUUUCCUUGGUCCAACUGGUGUUGGUAAAACUGAGUUGGCUAAGGCUCUCGCUGAGCAACUCUUUUACGAUGAAAACCUACUCGUUAGGCUUGAUAUGUCGGAGUAUAUGGAUAGAUACACUGUUAGUAAACUUAUAGGGGCACCACCCGGGUACAUUGGUCAUGAAGAAGGUGGGCAACUAACCGAACCCGUGAGGAGACGACCUUACUGUGUUGUACUAUUUGAUGAAGUUGAAAAGGCCAAUGUUACUGUAUUCAACACGUUACUUCAAGUAUUAGAAGACGGGAGAUUAACCGAUUCGCAGGGGAGGACAGUCAAUUUCAAAAAUACAGUGAUCAUAAUGACUUCUAACCUUGGGGCUGAGCACCUUGUUUCAGGGCUUACAGGUGAAGUAACAAUGCAAGUGGCUCGAGACAAUGCAAUGAAAGAGGUGAAAAAACAUUUCAGGCCAGAGCUAUUAAACAGAUUGGAUGAGAUAGUUAUGUUUCAUCCUUUGUCCCACGAGAAUUUGACAAAAAUUGUUCAACUCCAAGUGAACAAUGUUGCUAAUCGGCUAGCUGCGAAAGGUGUAUCUAUGACUGUCACAAAUGAUGCAUUGGACUACAUUUUAGCAGCGAGUUACGACUCGGUGUAUGGUGCUAGGCCUAUAAGGAGAUGGCUAGAGAGGAAAGUGGUCACAGAUAUAUCGAUGAUGAUUGUGCGAGAAGAAAUCGAUGACGACUCCAUUGUGUGCAUUGAUGUAAACGCGGAUAAAACUGAUCUUGUCUACCGAAUAGAUAAGAAUGUGGUUGCGAAGAAGACAGAGCAAACGUUAGAUGUUGUGAUUCACUCAGAAAAUAAGAGGGGAAGAAGCAAUGAAGAAGAUCACAUCGUAACUUCAACCAAAAAAAUAAAAAAUGAAGUCAUAGUGAUAGAUUGAAGAACGAUCAAGGAUUCAAAGUUAGAUUCAUAUUGCUUUACGCUCUCGUUUUUUUAUUUUAGUUUAUAUGUAAGAUUUGUGUUACCUUUUGUUCAUAUAAGCUUUCCAAAUCUUACAAAAAGACGGAUCAAUCAUUAUGUUGAGAUCUUGAGAAAAAUUAUCAUGUUAUUAAUUUACUAAAACAGAAACAAAUAAAUGGGUUUAUCGGUC